AUGAGGUUGAGUGUUGGAAAAGAUCUAUCUGAAAUACAACAAACAAGGUUAUUUGCAAAUUGGCUCUUGGAUAUAGGAGACGGAAAUGCUAAUGGUUCUAAUGAUGGUGAUGCAGUUAUUCAUAUUCUUGAAGAUCUUAUUACUCAAUCUUCUGAUCCUAUAGGUUCAUUAAUUAAGUUUGUAUAUCCAUCAUUUCUUGACAACUUGAACGAUCCAAAAUAUUUUGAAGAAAGAUCAAUACUUGCACCGAAAAAUCAAGUUGUUCAAGAAAUAAAUGAUCGUCUGCUUUCAUUGUUUCUUGGAGAAGAAAAGGAAUACCUCAGUUUAGAUAGCAUCUGUCAAACAGAGUUUAUUCACAAUCAGUUUGAUGAGAGUUUAUAUUCACCUGAUGCUCUAAAUGGACUUAAAAUCUCUGGUUUGCCAAACCAUAAGUUGAUUUUAAAGAUCGGUGUUCCGAUUAUGUUACUAAGAAAUAUCGACCAGAAAAAUGGGUUAUGUAAUGAUACUAGACUUCAGGUAGUAUCAUUGGGUAAUCGCGUCAUAGAAACAAUGGUCUUAACUGGAAGUAACAUUGGACAUCGAGUUUUUAUUUCAAGGUUGUCUUUAACACCUUCAGACAACAAAAUUCAUACAAGUUCAAAAGGAGACAAUUUCCCCUAA